AUGACCAGCAUGUCAAGUAAACAGAAGCGAAAGCGACUACUCAAAGUUGAGAACCCCAAGGAGUGCAAAAGGGAUUGGAUAAAUUUUAUUCAGCAAGAGCGGGGGGUAGUCCCUUAUAUUAGGAAUGAAUCAGGAGGUCCAAAGGUAAUCCCGGAGGUAGCUAACGAAUCAGAGUACGAGGCAAUCCCCAAAAAAGAUCCAUUUCAAGCUUAUUUGCCUAUCUUGUCCACUAAGGACCAGUACGCCAGCAACCCAAACAAUCGAAAGUGGUUUGGUACGAAGAUAUGGUCAAGAAAUGAACCAAACCAACCUAGCCAAGAGACGAACAACAGUUCGACGCACGAGGGGGAUGCUUGUAAUUGCCAAAUGCCUGGAUCUGUUGACUGUGUUCAUCGUCAUAUGGUGGAGGAAAGAGGAAAACUGAAGGCUGAAUUGGGGCCUGCUUUUCAAACCUGGAAAUUUGAUGAGAUGGGAGAAGAUUCUGCUGAUUCCUGGACUUUAGGGGAUAUGCUUAGGUUCAACUCUGUGAUGAAGAAAAGGAACCUUCCCUCAUCAACGCGUAAAACUUUUCUGCAGCUGGCCAGUCAAUUUCUGCCCAACAAAAGUAGAGCAAGCAUAGUCAGCUACUACUUUAAUUUUUACCUUCCCAGCUGGAGAAUUCGCAAGAGAACCAGGUUGAACCGUACUGCGGCUGAAAUUGACACAGACGAUGAUGAUGACGAGGUUAUUGGAGAAACCUCCAAUGCUAAUGGUACCCAGAAUAAGUACUUGACAGGGAAGCGAUGA